AUGGCAUUGUAUUGUCCUUGGGAACACAUUACGUGUAACUCUUGUAAUAAAGUCAUUACUACAAUGACAAGAAUAACAUGUGUUGAAUGUGAUAAUUUUGAUUUAUGUUUAGAAUGUUUUUCACAAGGAAAAGAAAUUGGAAAACAUAAGAAUAAUCAUAGUUAUCGAGUAAUACCAUCAUUACAUUUUCCAUUGUUAUCAAGUGAUUGGGGAGCUGAUGAAGAAUUAAUGUUAUUAGAAGCUAUUGAACAAAAAGGACUUGAUAAUUGGCCUGAAGUCGAGAAUUUUGUUAAAACCAAAACAGCUAAAGAGUGUAGAAGUCAUUAUUAUGACUAUUAUUUAAAUUCUAAAACACAUCCUCUUCCAGAUCUUGAAGAAAGCUUCUUAAAGAAGAAUGGAAUAGUUGACAUGAAACCAUCUCGAAUUGUUCAUUUUAAAGACGAUGAAUUUGACUCUCGACCUCAGAAAGAAACAGGAUGUACACAACCUACAUAUGAAGGAUAUGAUGCAUCUUUUAAUCCAUAUCGAAGAGAAUUUGCAUUUGAAUAUUUUAAUAAUGCAGAAUUAUCAAUUUGUAAUAUAGCUUUUACUGAUAAAGAUACUCCUGAAGAACGAGAAAUGAAAUUUCAUAAAUUAGAAGAAUAUUAUAAAAUGUAUUGUGAAAGAGUUAGAAUUAGAGAUAUUGUUAUUAAUCAAGAACUUGUUGAUCCAAAGAAACUCAGAAUAGCUGAUAGAAAAAGAAGUAAAGAAGAAAAAGAACUUCAUGAUUUAAAUUGUCAAUUUCUUGUAGCAUUAGGAAAAGAAGAUUUUGAAAAGUAUAUUAAAGCGUUAGUAGAAGAAAGUAAAUUGAAAACUAAAAUACGAAAUUUAAAACAAAAAAGAAGAGAUGGUUGUUUAACAUUACAAGAAUCAAAAAGUAGAAGAAAAAUUAAUACUUAUAAUUAUACGUCUGAAUUAAAACAAGUUUCUUAUACAAAACCAAGUAAACAUCCUCAUUAA